UUAAGUAUAAAAUAUCAUCUUUACUUUGUUGGUAAAAUCAUGAUGCAAAACUAUAUUAUUUUAAUAUUCUAUGCAUUGGUUGUGUUGCCCUCCAUUUUUGGAUUCAACUCAUCAAUGAUGUGCAAAGAGAACGAGAGACAUGCUUUGCUCAAAUUCAAAAAAGACCUUAAUAUUGAGUUUGGCAUGUUUUUGUCUUCAUGGAAGGACAAUCCAAAUGAAGAUUGCUGCAAAUGGCCGGAAAUUCGAUGCAAUAAAGAAACAGGUUAUGUUCAAAGGCUUGAUCUGAAUCUUUUGGAUGAAUACAGUUUCGGUGGUAACAUCAGUUCUUCAAUAACUGAGCUCCAACAUCUAAAAUAUUUAGACCUCAGUUAUUUGAAUGGUGGCAAUCAAAUCCCAAAGUUCAUUGGCUCCUUUAGAAACUUAAGAUAUCUUGAUCUCUCACAUGGUGGCUAUCAUGGGAAGAUUCCUUCUCAAAUAGGGAAUCUUUCACAUUUGCGACACCUUGAUCUUAGCGGGAAUGAACUCAUUGGAGCAAUUCCUUUCAAACAUGCCAAUAAUGAGUGGUUAUCAAAUCUCUCUUCUUUGAGAUAUCUUGACUUGAGUGAUGUUCAAAGUCUCAACAAUUAUUCUCAUCACACAUUUCAACUCCUAGCAAAGCUUCCAAUCCUUGAAGAGUUAUAUCUAUCAAAUUGUAGCCUUUCUGAUGACAACAUCCCUCCAUUAUCUGAUUCUCACAUGAACUUUUCCACUUCUCUCACGGUCCUUGAUCUUUCUCAUAAUCAGUUGACAUCAUCAAAGAUAUUUCAAUGGGUGCUUGGCUACAGUUCCAAUCUUCGAGAGCUCUACCUUGAUGAUAACUUGUUAAAAGGUACUAUUCCUCAUGAUUUUGGAAACAUAAUGCAUUCACUUGCAACUCUCUCUCUCUCUGGGAAUCUACUAGAAGGAAAGAUUCCAAAAUCUAUUGGAAAUAUAUGCAACUUGCAGACAUUUUCUGCUGACAACAACCAAUUGAGCGGAGAGAUUUCAGACCUUCUCAUCCGGAAUAACAACUCCAGAUGUAUUGGAAAUUCAUCCUCCUUACAAACUAUAUGGUUGUCAAAUAAUCAGCUUUCAGGCAUGUUACCUGAUCUUUCAAUACUCUCUUCUUUGAGAUACCUGUCUCUUAAUGAUAACUCUUUGAAAGGGGUCGUCUCUGAAUCCCAAUUCACUAACCUCUCCAAAUUGGAAUACUUAGGCUUGUCUGAUAACUCGUUUAAUGUGAAUAUUAGUGAUAAAUGGGUUCCUCUCUUUCAAUUACAAUAUUUAAAUCUAGCAUCUUGUAACCUAAAUUCUAGAUUUCCUAAUUGGCUUAAAACACAAAAUCACUUAGCAUAUCUUUCUCUUUCAAAUGUGGGUAAUUUACCUCCAAUACCUGCUUGGUUUUGGGAAAAAUUGCAAACCUUAGAUGUCAUGGCCAUUUCAAACAGCAGCCUUGCCGGAAAAAUUCCAAAUUUAGAACUCAAGUUAAAUCACAAUCCUUAUAUAGAUUUAAGUUCAAAUCAACUUGAAGGUUCCAUUCCUCCUUUUUUAUUGAAAGCAGGAACGCUCGUUCUUUUCAAUAAUAGAUUUUCAGAUUUAGCUUCCUUUCUAUGCAACAACACAAGCGAACAUGUUUUUUUGGAAAUGUUAGAUUUGACAAACAAUGAAUUCAGAGGUGAAUUGCCUAAUUGUUGGUAUAAUCUAACUGCAUUAAUGUUUCUUGAUCUGAGCAAUAACAUGUUGUCGGGAAAGAUUCCUAUCUCAGUGGGAGCUAUUUCAACACUUAAGGCUUUGAAUUUAAGAAAUAAUAGAUUUAGUGGACAAAUUACUUCCUCCUUGAAGGGGUGCCACAAUUUGCUUUACUUGGACCUUGGAGAAAAUAUGUUUCAUGGUCCAUUACCUUCGUGGAUUGGAGAAAUCUCAUCAUUAGAAAUCUUAAGUCUUUGGUCUAAUAAGUUCUAUGGAAGCCUACCUUUAAACCUCUGUUAUUUGAGAAAGCUUCAAGUAUUGGAUCUGUCACAAAAUAACUUAUCAGGUGGAAUUCCAUCAUGUGUUCAGAAUUUUACUUCAAUGACUCAGGCCACCACAAGCUCAACUAUAUCAGUGCGUAAUUAUAAACACUAUACCUAUAAUGGGGGAUUUAUUGUGGUACAAAUUGAUAUCGACUUAUACUUGAUGUGGAAAGGUGUAAACGUUCUUUACAAAAAUGCAGAUGAGUUUUUAAAAAGCAUUGAUCUCUCAAGCAACCAUCUUACAGGGGAAAUACCAACAGAAAUGGAGUACUUAUUUGGAUUGACUUCCUUAAAUUUGUCAAGGAACAAUCUCACUGGGGAAAUCAUUUCAAAAGUGGGAAACUUAAAGUCGCUUGAAUUUCUUGAUCUCUCAAGAAAUCAUCUGUCAGGAAGAAUCCCUUCGAGUCUAGCUCACAUUGAUCGUCUUACUAUGUUGGAUUUGUCGAACAAUCAGCUCGAUGGAAAAAUUCCUAUUGGAACACAGCUGCAGACAUUUAAUGCUUCAAGUUUUGAAGGUAAUUCUAAUCUGUGUGGAGAACCCCUUGAUAUAAAAUGUCCUGGAGAAAAUCCACCAAAACAUCAAGUGCCAACAAAUGAUGAUGCAGGAGAUGAGAAUUCAGUAUUUUUGGAAGCAUUAUACAUGAGCAUGGGCAUAGGAUUCUUCACCGGUUUUGUUGGCUUGGUAGGAUCAGUAUUAUUCAUACCCUCUUGGAAAGAAAGGUAUUCCAGAUUGUUGAACUCUUUGAUAGUGAAAGCCAUCUCGUGGUGGAAGGAGUGAAUGCAGCCGUCUAGUUGCUCUAAAGUGAAUGAAUGAUAAACAGGAUGAUCUUCUGUGCCUUCUGUAUCGGAUGCGUACAUUUUUUGCUGUUUUAGAAUAAUGUAGCUCGGCUACCGUUUAUUGUUUGGUAAUGGAUACGAUGAAUGCCUAUUCUUGUUGCGUUCGGAAUAAAAUGAAUGUCAUUUUGUUAAAACUUUCUUGUCAUCAAGUUUUAUUGUGUUAAGCUUUCAUGUU